CGCCCAGCAACAUCCCCUCCCCCCGCCCCCGCCCACCCCGGCCCGGAGCCCCGACUCGAGCCUCGGAGCGGGAGCCGAGUCUGCGCCCGAGGGAGGACGAUGCGGCAAUAGCAGUCACGAUGCCCUUUCCACUGGGCGACUCGACACUCAACAACUCAGAAACCAAGGAUUACUGUUACAAAGCCCGGAUCAGAAGCACUGUACUCCAAGGACUGCCUUUUGGGGGGAUUCCCACAGUACUUGCACUUGACUUCCUAUGCUUUCUUUUGUUGCUGUUCCUGUUCUCUGUUCUGCGCAAGGUGGCCUGGGACUAUGGACGACUGGCCUUGGUUACCGAUGUUGACAGGCUGCGACGCCAGCAGAGAGACCGAGUGGAGCAGGAAUAUAUGUCCUCAGCAAUGCAGGCAGACAGCCAUGACCGCUACGAGCGCCUCACUUCUGUCUCCAGCUCCGUGGACUUUGAGCAGAGAGACAAUGGUUUCUGCUCCUGGCUGACAGCAAUCUUCAGGAUAAAGGAUGAGGAGAUCUUGGACAAGUGUGGGGCUGACGCAGUUCACUACCUGACAUUCCAGCGGCACAUCAUUGGACUGCUUGCGGUCGCAGGUGUUCUCUCCGUGGGCAUUGUGCUUCCUGUCAACUUCUCAGGGAACCUGCUUGAAAACAACCCCUAUAGCUUUGGGAGAACUACCAUUGCCAACCUAGACUCAAGUAACAACCUGCUAUGGCUGCACACCUCGUUCGCCUUCCUGUACCUACUACUCACUGUGUAUACCAUGCGAAGACAUACCUCUAAAAUGCGCUAUAAAGAAGAUGACAUGGUGAAGCGCACCCUCUUCAUCAAUGGCAUUUCCAAGUACGCAGAGUCAGAAAAUAUCAAGAAGCACUUUGAGGAGGCGUACCCCAACUGCACCGUGCUUGAAGCCCGGCCUUGCUACAAUGUCGCAAAAUUGAUGUCCCUGGAAGAUCAGAGGAAGGAGGCGGAGCGAGGAAGGAUAUACUUCAGUAAUCUGCGGGCCAGAGAGAAUGUCCCCACUAUGAUCAACCCCAAGCCUUGUGGGCACCUUUGCUGCUGUGCUGUUCGAGGCUGUGAAGAGGUGGAAGCCAUCCAGUACUACACACAGUUGGAACAGAGGCUGAAAGAAGAAUAUAAACAGGAGCAGGAGAAGGUGAACCAGAAGCCACUGGGCAUGGCCUUUGUGACCUUCCACAAUGAGAGCAUUGCUGCCCUUAUCCUAAAGGACUUUAAUGCGUGUAAUUGGCAAGGCUGUACAUGUCAGGGGGAACCCCGAAGCUCAUCCUGCAGUGAAUCAUUGAACAUCACCAACUGGACAGUCUCUUUUGCCCCUGAUCCUCAGAACAUCUACUGGGAAAAUCUCUCCAUCCGUGGCUUUACCUGGUGGUUUCGAUGCCUGAUUAUCAACGUGGUGCUCUUCAUCCUCCUGUUUUUCCUCACUACUCCUGCCAUCAUCAUCACCACGAUGGACAAGUUCAACGUCACCAAGCCUGUGGAAUUUCUCAAUAACCCUAUCAUCACCCAAUUCUUCCCCACUUUGCUGCUGUGGUGCUUCUCAGCCCUGCUGCCGACCAUUGUCUACUACUCUACCUUCCUAGAGAGUCAUUGGACACGCUCUGGAGAAAACAGAACAACCAUGCACAAAUGCUAUACCUUCCUGAUCUUCAUGGUUCUGCUGCUGCCCUCUCUGGGCCUGACCAGUUUGGACUUCUUUUUCCGCUGGCUCUUCGACAAGAAGUUCUUGGCUGAAGGGGCUAUUCGGUUUGAGUGUGUGUUCCUGCCGGACAACGGCGCCUUCUUUGUCAACUACGUCAUUGCCUCGGCUUUCAUCGGCAAUGCCAUGGACCUGCUGCGAAUCCCAGGGCUGCUCUUAUACAUGAUCCGCCUCUUCCUCGCUCACUCCGCCGCCGAAAGGCGCAACGUCAAGCGGCACCAGGCCUACGAGUUCCAGUUUGGCGCGGCCUAUGCCUGGAUGAUGUGCGUCUUCACGGUGGUCAUGACCUACAGCAUCACCUGCCCCAUCAUCGUACCCUUCGGGCUCAUGUACAUGCUGCUGAAGCACCUGGUGGACAGAUACAACCUAUACUAUGCAUACCUGCCGGCCAAACUGGACAAGAAGAUCCACGCUGGGGCUGUGACCCAGGUGGUGGCGGCACCCAUCCUCUGUCUCUUCUGGCUCCUCUUCUUCUCUAUCUUGCGUGCUGGGUUCACGGCUCCCACUUCCAUGUUUACAUUUGUGGUCCUGAUCAUCACCAUUGUCAUCUCUCUCUGUCACCUCUGCUUUGGAUAUUUCAAAUAUUUCAGUGCUCAUAACUACAAGAUCGAUCACACCGAAACUGGGGAUGUCACUGACUCCAGAAUCAAUGGUAAUCGCUCCUCCGUCAAAUCUGCAUCAAGGGAGGAAGGAUGCUGCCACUCCGGCUCUCACCAAGGACCACAAAGUUUUUGAGGGAAACACUUUGGGAACCUUAAAAAGAUGUACAAAUGGCAGGAGUUCUCCAAGAGGUACAUUGCACAGGUGCUGCAGGAUUCAGAAGAAGACAGGGAUUCUGGAGACUCUGCUGGUUCUGGCGGGUCUGGGGGUUCCAGGACCUCUGAAG